UCAAGAUUUUUUUGCCGCUACCAUGAUACCUACGGGCGAAUCGUCCUCCACUUUUACCCAUACUUCAACUACCGAAGCCUCUGCCACCUCGAACAAACAAAGAUCACACAAAACGAACAGAAACACUAAAAAGCAGGGAGAUGGUUUUGAUCCUAACUCGAAUUCGAAGCAAAAUCAGCCAUCUUCAAAGCUGAGAGGAUUAUCCAAAGACUCUGCCGAAGUCCGCAUAUCGAAGACGCUAUCCUGGCUGCUACGCCACGGUGCACAAAGUGAGGGUCUGGCAAUGCGAGCUGAUGGUUAUGUGAAGGUUACUGAUCUGCUCUCGAACCCAAAACUUUCAUCCCAGAACCUUGAUCUAGCUGGCCUGCAAUCGAUCGUCCAAGCAGAUGCCAAACAACGGUAUAGCCUCACAUCUGAGAAGAACGGGUCUGGUGUCGAGGAGUGGUGGAUAAAAGCGAAUCAAGGACAUUCUCUCAAGUCAGUUCAACUCGAACUCCAGCCCAUACUCUCGCUCUCUGACAUACCCUCCGGCCUGGUGAUCCACGGAACAAACAAAAUGGCUUGGGAGGCUAUAUGUUAGUCAAAUCAUCAUUUUUAUUUCUUCAGCCGCGAGGACGUCUACUCACCAGAUCGGCCGCUUAUUAGCGAAGCAAGGUCUUUCAAAGAUGAAAAGAAAUCAUAUACAUCUUGCGCAAGGUCUUUCUGGUCAAGCGAUUAGUGGUAUGCGCAAGACUGCAACCGUAUUCAUCUACAUCAACGUGCCCCUGGCGCUGUCGGAAGGUGUCAAAUUCUUCCUGUCCGACAACGGUGUUGUCCUGACUGAGGGUGACAGCAAAGGGUUCUUAAGUCCGAGGUACUUCGAGAAGGUAGAAGUCAGAGAGUCUGGAAACGUGGGGCUGCUGGAGGGAUGGAGAGGGCCUAACGUUGAUUCGUUGAAUAAGGGAUCCAGUGAGGUCCCCAGUAAGGUCUGACAAUCCAAAGAUUUUUAACUCCAAGCAUCGAGUCUCCCAAUAACCAGAUCCAGCCGACACUUAGCAUGACUUCGAAUGUUGACACCGAAAAGGAUUCCGAUCCCUUCAAUUUGUUUGCCCGCAAACACUUGCACCUUAUCCCAGCCUCAAUUGAUCGACG